AUGGGGUUGAUUCCAGAACAACACGUCAUCCCGCCAAAUAAGUAUGCAUUGAAUAGUUCAUUCCCGGUCCUUAUUUACCGCGAUGCGUUACCGUUGCCCUUAUCGGAGGAGAAAACGACGCAGUUUCUAGAGGCGAAUGAGUGGGAGAAACGCGGGGUAUGGGGCCAUAUCCCUGUGAGACAUUUCCAUCCGAAUACACAUGAGUGUUAUGGUGUAUUUCAGGGUGAAUCCAGACUUCUUUUAGGCUGCGGACAGAGCGAUGAAGAUGGAGGUCUUGAGGUCGACGUCUAUGCUGGAGAUGUAAUCGUCCUGCCGGCGGGAACUGCGCAUUGUUGUCUUCAGAGCACCAAGGAUUAUCGGUACAUCGGCGUUUACCCCAAGGAGUGCCCGCGUUGGCGCAAUGAGCUUGGAAAGGAUCCACUCGAUGUAGAGGGUCUUCGAAAUGAAAUAUCUUCGGUCCCCAUACCGAACCAUGAUCCUGUGUUAGGGAAGGAUGGUGCACUGGUGACCUUGUGGAAGUCUUCAUGA